GGGGGCUCUGUGGAGGUACGAUGCCGCCCAAAGGUCCCGGCAAAGGCAAGCUGCCAGUCCCGCUCCCUAAAGACAUGAUCCUGAAAGACACCGAAGGAAAAACCUGGAGGCUGGGCAGUCAGAUCGGCCAGGGAGGAUUUGGCCUGAUCUAUUUAGCAUCCCCUCAAACUCAGGUUCCUGUAGAAGAUGAUGCAGUACAUGUCAUUAAAGUGGAAUAUCUUGAAAAUGGCCCCUUGUUUUCUGAGCUGAAGUUUUACCAGAGGGCUGCAAAACAAGAGCAUAUAAGAAAAUGGAUGAAUCUCAAAAAAAUAAAAUGUUUAGGAAUUCCAGUGUUUUGGGGAUCAGGCCUGGCUGAGUACAAGGGAAAAAGCUACAGGUUCAUGGUCAUGGAGAGAUUGGGGCAAGACCUUCAAAGAAUCUUUGAAGAUUGUGGAAGCAGGUUUAAGAAGGAGAUUGUUCUGCAACUUGGGGCACGAAUGUUGGAUACUUUGGAGUACAUACAUGAAAAUGAGUAUGUCCAUGGGGACAUUAAAGCAGCAAAUCUUCUUCUGGGCUACAGCAAUCCACACGAGGUUUAUCUUGCAGAUUAUGGACUUUGCUACAGAUAUUGUCCCAAUGGGAACCACAAACAGUAUCAGGAAAAUCCUAGGAAGGGCCAUAAUGGGACAAUAGAGUUUACCAGCAUAGAUGCCCACAAGGGAGUAGCCCCAUCCAGACGAGGUGACCUUGAAAUCCUUGGCUACUGCAUGCUGCACUGGUUGUGUGGGAAGCUGCCCUGGGAGCAGAACCUCAAGGACCCUGUAGCUGUCCAGAGUGCAAAAACAAAACUUAUGGAUGAGCUCCCAGAUUCAGUGCUGAGGUGGGAUUCUCCUGGAAGCAGCUGCAGUGAAAUAGCCAAGUUUCUGGCCUAUGUUUCUGGCUUAGCUUAUGCUGAGAAGCCCAAGUAUCAAGUGCUGAAGAAAAUCCUGCUGGAUGGCCUGGAGUCAAGUGGGAUGCGCUAUGACGGCCCUCUGGAAUUUUACGCGGCAGCAGCAUGUGCACGGAAUCACCUUGCUGCUAAGGCGUCCAGAGUUCACCUCCCAAAGUCUCCACCAAAACCAGCUCAGCAGAAGGGAAAAAAGUCAAAAGGUGAAGAACCUGCCUGUCAAAACAAAGUGUGUGUGGGGGGGACAGGCACACAGCUCCUGGGAGAAGGAAAGCCAAGUACAUGGAACAGGAGGCGUCCCCAGGCAGAGCUGUGGGAGCACACAGAGUUACUGUCUGCACCUCAAUGGGCUCCCUUGCCCAGGCCUUCCCUAAAUCCGGUGCAGCAGAAGGAAGACAUGGGGCGUGAGGACCACUCAAGCUGCCUGAGCAGGCUCCACACCCAAGGAACACGCCAGCAGUUCCAUGUGGAAGAGAGGCCACCCAGAUUUUACACUUCAUGUCAGGAGCCUGAGGACCCAAAAAAGGAAGACACUGCAAGAGAGCUGCCACCAUUUGACCCUUACAGAAUACUCUCAGAACCCCAAAAGAAACACAAUCACCUUGUAACUCCAGUUCCUGCAGCAGCAUCCCAGGCUGGUGCUGACACCACUCGUCCCUCUCUCUCUGUUGUGUUUAAGCUGGCAUUUGCCGAUCAAACCUACCCCUACACUGCAGCUGUUCUGGUGCUUCUGCUGCUCAUUGUCCUGUCCUUGUAUCUGCUUUGAUGUUGCUGUUCCAGUGUCUUCAGUGGGAGCGCAGUGGUGCUCCCACAAUGCAGCUUUUUCCUAGAGUUUCUUCAUUGAAGAUUUCAGUGUCAGGGGCUUAAAAAGAAGUUUUUAAAUAAUCCUGUCAGUACAUGCCUUGUACAGGCAAGUUCUCAUCUGCACUCAGUAGUUAUGGAUUCUCUGAGCUAUUUGUGUUGGCUUCUGUUAUAAAUGUUGGGAUUCUUUUUGUUGCUUGUAAGUGAACCUUUUGUUAUGGCAUAAAAAAAGUAUCAUUAAAUACAAUGAGUGUGGUCUUUAAUUA